AUGCAGUGUUUGCGCAGUAAUUUUAACUACACUCUCACUUCAUUGGGACAUUUAAACGAAGUUGCGGUGAAAAUGGAAAACAUCUACUCGAAGCACCCCCAAUUGCACUUUGAGCACAAAGUUUACCGGAUGCUCGCUGGCGCUGUGGGCAUACCACAAACAAAGUGGUAUGGGGCGACACGAACCUACUGGGUUCUGGUCAUGGAUCUUUUGGGGCCCAGUCUCGAGGACCUCUUCACUUUCUGCUGCCGUCGGUUCACAUUGAAAACGGUGCUUAUGCUUGCCGAUCAAAUGCUUGCCCGGAUCGAACACGUUCACAACAAGAAUUUGAUACACCGGGACAUUAAGCCAGAUAACUUUCUCAUGGGCAUCGGAAGACAUUGCAACAAGGUGUACAUGAUUGAUUUCGGGUUGGCGAAGCGUUUCCGAGAUCCCCGAACAAAUCGCCACAUCGCAUACCGAGAGGAUAAAAAUCUUACAGGUACCGCGCGCUACGCUAGCAUCAACGCCCAUCUCGGGAUUGAACAAUCCCGUCGUGAUGACCUGGAAUCUCUAGGCUAUGUGCUGAUGUACUUCAACCGAGGGUCGCUUCCUUGGCAAGGCUUAAGGGCAAAUACCAAACGUCAGAAAUACGAGAAAAUAAGCGAAAAGAAAAUGGCCACUACAGUGGAUGCUCUAUGCAAAGGCUUUCCUUCUGAAUUCUCCAUGUACCUGAACUACUGCAGAGGCUUGAGAUUUGAGGAAGUUCCGGAUUACAUGUAUCUUCGACAGCUUUUCCGCAUCCUAUUUCGCACACUAAGUCACCAGUUCGAUUAUGUUUUCGAUUGGACUAUGUUGAAGCAGCGUGGUGCUGCUGGUUCCGCCGCGAACGCUUGUGCAUCGAAUGAAGACGGGACUGGGGCUCAGGGUCGCCAACAAGCUCUACCGGAAUCAUCAACAGCAGUUGUGGCUGGGGAAGGAGAUCAGAAGGAUGAAUCAGGUGGCCAGCCAAAUCGUCGACGUUUUGCAUAA